AUGGAACAAGCAGGGAAGCCGGAUCGAGGCCGAGGCGGGGUCGCCCGCGCUUCGACAGGCCGCCUCGCUGCCCAUCCUUACAACAUUGCGCGUCAAGCCUGGAGACCAAAACCGCCAUCACAAUACCACAGACUAUUCACGCAAAAGACUGCCAACGCUGCAAACAACACUGCAACAUGGCGACAACUACUCUCUCGCUUCCGCAACCCGGCUUCACGACGAUGGAAUAGCUCAAGACCCAAUCCUGAUCCCACACCACACCUGGGCAGUCCAACACCACAACUCUCCUUCUUCCAGCGCUUCAAGCAGCUCGGCAAGGAAUACGGCUGGGUCGUGACCGGUGUCUACUUUGGCCUUUCCGCUCUGGAUCUUCCCUUUUGCUUCCUGGCUGUCAGAGGCCUCGGUACUGAUCGUGUCGCCCGCUGGGAGCACGCCAUCGUCGGCACCAUCAAGGAUGCUGUCAAGGCCGUCAUGCCCGACGUUGGCACAAAGGCCGACGAGGUUGUAGAACAAGCUGAGACUGCCGUCGGCGGUCCUGCUGCCAGAGAAGGCAAUGUAUGGGGCGUGCCUGAAGCGGAGGCGCGCAACAAGGAAGAAGCAUGUACGUUUAACACCCUCAAGUCCCACCACAACUUUUCGCUGACACAUUCGAANGCACUGUGGACACAAUUCGUUCUCGCCUACGCCAUCCAUAAAUCAUUCAUCUUUGUCCGAGUACCACUGGCCGUAGCCGUCACUCCCAAGGUCGUCAAGAUCUUGAGGUCCUGGGGAUGGCAAAUCGGAAAGAAGAAGCUCAAGUCGACCAAGUCGAUCAAGCCGUAA